AUGCAUUCUUUUCGUGCUUUAUUUGACACAGGUAGCCAAAGCAAUUUCAUCACCCAAACAGCAGUAGAUCGCUUAAAUUUAAAAUGGUCUCAUACCAAUGCCAGCGUUAGUGGACUUGGAGAAACAGCAACUUCCAUAUUAGGGGACGUUACUUGUAAGAUUGGAACUCAUAACAAAACAGCGUUUGUGCUAGAUUUACACGUAUUACCAAAAAUAUGCGGUGAUCAACCUAUUGCGAGCUUGAAUACAUCUGGAUGGUCUCAUGUUAAAUCAUUAAACUUAGCUGAUCCUGGUUUCGACAUUCCGGGUCCUAUUGAUCUUUUAUUUGCCGCUGACGUAUUCGCUGAGUCCUUACUCAAUCAACGUAUUAAAGGAGGUCCAAAUCAACCCACAGCUCUGAAUUCUAUUUUUGGUUGGCUGCUGUUGGGAAAAACAAGGUUGGCAUCUACCACAAUGCUACAUUCUUCCUUAAAAACAGAUGCGAAACUAAAUUCACUCGUACAGCGUUUUUGGGAAAUAGAAAAUUUGCCCAAAGCAGUGCUUAUGACUCCAGAUGAAAAAUUGUGUGAACAAAAGUUUAUGUCAGAUCACACGCGUGAUAACAAUGGGCGAUACAUAGUUCGUCUGCCCUUUAAGGAUUUGGAACCCUCUUUUGUUGGCUCGCGAGACAUUGCACUUCGAAGAUUUCACUCAAUAGAACGUAGACUUUCAAAAGAUCCUGAUUUACACAAGCAAUAUGCCGAGUUCAUGUCAGAUUACAUCAAAAGCGGACAUAUGUCACUAGUUCCCACAGACGAAAUGGAAAUGGGAAAAUACUAUAUCCCUCAUCACUGUGUUUUACGCCCGGAAUCUAAAAGUACACGCCUGCGCGUAGUUUUUGACGCAUCGGCCAAGGAUUAUAAUGGGCGUUCGUUAAAUGACACACAACUCAUUGGUCCAAAACUGCAGUCCAAUAUAUUCGAAAUACUUUUGCGCUUUCGUGAACACAAUAUAGUAUUCAUGGCUGACGUCCGUCAAAUGUACCGACAAAUUUCAAUUGCUUCGGAGCAUCGCGACUAUCAACGUAUCUUUUGGAAAGCUUCACCAAACGAAUCGAUUAAGGAAUAUCGCUUAAACACAGUUACGUAUGGUGUCGCUUCAUCUCCUUUUCUUGCUUGUCGUUCUUUGCAACAGCUUGCUGAAGAUGAAGGAGAUUCCUAUCCAAUUGCGAAACAGAUCAUUUCAUCCGAUGUUUAUGUCGACGAUGUUGUAACCGGAUGUGAUUCGUUUGAAAGCGCACAACAAGCAAAGACACAGGUCAUCGCUCUCUGUAAUAGAGGAGGUUUCCAGCUCAGAAAAUGGGUUAGCAAUUAUUCUGAACUGUUGUCCGACCUUCGAUCGGAAGAUUGUUUGACGGAUCCCGUGUCACUUGAUGAGGCAGAUUCAACAAUCUUGAAAGUACUUGGAUUAAAAUGGGAUCCAAUAUCUGAUACAUUUCUUUUUGAAAUAAAAUCUAUGAAUUUAACUUGCACAAAACGAACAAUUUUGAGCGAAUUAGCAAGAAUCUUCGACCCUCUCGGUUUUUUGUCACCGGUAACAAUUCAGGCCAAAUCGUUCAUCCAAAAACUGUGGAUACUCGGUAUUGAAUGGGACCAACCACCACCUGAUGAUAUAGUUCGUCUUUGGAACGCAUAUCAAACUCAACUAUCGCAAUUGUCUAAACUUCGAAUUCCACGGCAGUUUAAAUGUGCAAAAGUUAAAUCAUAUGAACUACAUGGGUUUGCAGAUAGCUCCGAAAUAGCAUAUGGUGCUGUAAUCUAUUUGCGGGCCACGGACGACAAAGAUCAAGUUCAGAUAUCCAUAGUUUGCUCAAAAGCUAGAGUAGCGCCUCUAAAGCGCAUCUCAUUACCUCGAUUAGAACUAUGUGCUGCAGUACUUUUAUCAGACUUAUACACACUGGUUCGUGAUACAUAUCUGUCUCGCAUUUCAUUUGAUGCAGUUUAUUUUUGGUCAGACUCAACCGUCGUCCUUUCAUGGUUACGUUCUGCUUCCACUCGAUGGACGACAUUUGUUGCAAAUCGCGUUAGCCACAUACAGGACAUCACACCUAUAAAAUGUUGGCAGCACGUCUCGUCAGUCGACAAUCCUGCAGAUAUUUGUUCCCGUGGACAACUUCCGAAUGAACUAUUAAAUAAUUCGUUAUGGUGGGCGGGGCCACAAUGGUUAUCAAAGAAACGUGACACUUGGCCCUCAAGCUUAAGUACACCAUCUCCUCAUGAAGGAGCCAUAAUUAACACGGAGGCGCGAAAGUCGGUCACCUUAUUUGCUGAUAAAACACAAACCAAUGAAGAAAAAGAACCUCUGUUAUUAGAAGAUUUAAUCAAUCGUUGCUCAUCGUUACAAAAACUUAUUAACAUUUUGACUUAUAUCAAUCGUUUCAUUAACAAUUCCCGAAAACCAUGUGAAGCUAAUCGUAAUAAUUUUCUUAAUAACGCUGAACGACAUGUUGCAUUGAUGCAACUUGUUAAGUAUGUUCAAGGUCAACCAUUACAACCGCCCAUGAGCGAUUUACCAUCUUUUCGAGUAAACCAAAUUAAGGCGUUCUCCGUUGUAGGCAUUGAUUUCGGAGGACCAUUUCGCAUCAAACUUGGUGCACAUCGUGGUGCCAAAAUCGACAAGGCAUAUUUAUGCUUAUUCAUAUGUUUAGCAACUAAGGCCGUCCAUCUCGAGGUCGUGUCAACUUUAUCAACGGAUGGAUUUAUCGCAAGUUUACGUCGGUUCAUAGGGCGCAGGGGAAGGUGUAAUUCCAUUCACCUAGACCGCGGUACUAAUUUCAUUGGUGCUCGAAACCAAUUAUCAUCCUUUAUGCAUCAGGCUUCAAGUGCUGAAAAAAUCGAGUUCAAAUUUAAUCCACCUUCAGCUCCUCACUUUGGAGGAGUAUGGGAGAUACAAAUUAAGGCUGCCAAAUCUCAUUUACAUCGCGUAGUCGGAGAUCAGGUUUUAACAUUUGAGGAACUCACAACUCUCUUCGUCCAAAUAGAAGCCGUAUUAAAUUCAAGACCUUUAUGUCCGAUCAGUUCUGAUCCUAAUGAUCUUUCGGUCUUAACCCCUGGCCAUUUCCUAACACUCGAGCCUCUCACAGCCGUGCCAGACAGUGAUCUCUCGCAAAUCAACAUCAAACGGCUUAAUCGUUGGCAAAUGUUACAGGCUUUCCAUCAAAACUUUUGGUGUAGAUGGAAAAAUGAAUAUCUAAAUUCGCUUACACAACGCGCUAAAUGGACUAAGGACUCCAAGCCACUGAAAAUAGGAUCGAUGGUCAUCAUCAAAGAUGAAAAUCGUACUCCAUUGCAUUGGUCUCUCGGUCGGGUUACCAAUCUAAUUUCUGGUGCGGAUGGAAUUGCUCGAAUUGCAAUUCUAAAAACAGCAACAAACAAUCAUGUACAAAGACCUCUAGUAAAGUUAUGUCCUCUACCAAUAGAAGACUAA